AUGGCACAGUCCCCGGAAGAACCGUCAAGAUUAUGGUCAUACCUGACGGAAGAUCUGAGGGAGGAUUUAAUGCUUGAAAGCGAGUUAUUACUCUUGUCAUUUGCAACUGGCAUCCAAGAUGCUGCUUCUUGGGUGGAUUAUGGCUGUUUCGCAUCGAACCAAACCGGAAACACGCUUUUCCUGGCUAUCGGGGCUGCAGGAUUUGGAGGUAACUCCAAUAGUUUGCCCAACAUCGGGAUGAGCCUUGGUGCAUUUCUUGCGGGUGGCUUGAUCAUAGGCCAAAUUGGUCAUUAUUUUGGCGCUCGGAAGAGGCUAUGGCUGUUCAUAAGCAGUCUUCUUCAAACAGCCAUGGUUUACACUGCUGCUGCAAUACAGUACCAGGUCAUUGUUUCAAGAGAGGGACCGGCAGCUCUAGUGGUUCUUUUUCUGUUAGCAUUCUCGUCGGGAGCCCAGGUUGCGCUGGGUCGAUCGUUGAAAAUUACGGACAUUACUACAGCAAUGGCUACUGCAGCCUACAUAGAUGUCAUGGCAGAUUCCAAUUUGCUAAAGCUCAAGAACCGCCAGCGCAACCGACGGGUUGGGUUCCUUCUUAUGUUGACAGCAGGAUGCUUUGCUGGAGCUUUCAUGGAGCGUGCUGUCAACUCUACAUUUUCCAUCGUCAUGUGUGCAGUUGGCAAAACGCUGGUCACUUUUGCCUUUCUGUUCAACGAACCUAUCAAAGAGAAGAGCGAAAUGUGA